AUGAAAGAGCUUGUUCACGGCCAGGUCUUUGUACAGAGUGGUCAGACUUACACAGGUACACUGCCUCUUCCCGUCGCAGCACCAUCCGGAAACGAGACUGGCAACCCCGACGUCGUGGCGACUCCGAAACUGGCUGCAGUCCUGAUUGCCCGCGCCAACUCGACCAACGACACAACGUCGGUGGUGACCUUUGAUCCGUCGACAGUGCAGGUCAUCAGUAGCAGGGCUACCAACAACUCCAUUUCUUGGAUAGCUCCCGAUGAUGACGGGGCACUGUCCAGAUCCAGAACAUAUACGAUGAAUGGCUCCAUCUUCGAGGACUCGCUCGAGCUGAAGACCAAGCAGUACUGGACGCUGAACUUCCUCAAAGAGUUCGAGACCCGACGGGGCUACGACCUGGCCCCGUUUCUACUCUACGUUAUCAAGUACACCAACUCCUUUUCCAGAGAUAGGCUCAAAUCUUGGGCCAACAGUCUUGGCAUGAAGUUUCGCAUUCAGCCGUACACCGCGUAUUUCGACAGCAGCUAUGCCGCGAGCCUGGUGGAUAAUCCAGAGGGCGAGUCCCUCGGAUUUGAGGGUGACAUAGACGCCUUCCGCGUCCUGGCCACUGGCAGAGACAUUGGGGGAUCCACGACGAUCCUCUCGGACGAACUCGGUGCGUACACAGGGAAUGCCUACGGAGUGACCUGGAAGUUCCUUCUCAGCACAGCCAACCUGGACAUGUCUGCCGGGGUAAGCCAACUCGUCAUCCAUGGAUUCCCUUGCAGCUCGUCUCCGGACAGUCGCUGGCCAGGCUUGGCUGCGUUCACCCCCUUGGGGACCAGCUCAAACGGCUUCGCCGAUGCCUGGGACCCGCGCCAGCCUCAGUGGAUGUUCGCCGCCAACGCCAGCCGCUACCUAGCCCACGCGCAGAAAAUAUUGCAAGAGAGUGGGCCGUCCAUCGACGUGGCUAUCCUCAAUGAUGCAUGGGGCGUCACCGGCGGCUGGUCCGACGACUCGCUGAACGCGGCCGGGUUCUCGUACCAAUUUCCAACACCGGAGCUGCUCGUCAGGCACAAUGUCACCGUCAAGAACGCACGUCUUGCACCAUCGGGACCUAGGUACAAAGCCAUGGUGGUCAACAGCUCGGCCAUGGACGCCAGCACUGCUGAGCUCCUACUGGGUUACGCCCGGGACGGCCUACCUGUCGUAUUCGUCGAGCCGCUCCCCAAUACGACCUUUUCCUACAACAAUGAUACCACUGCCGAGCUGAAGCGCCUGAGUGAGCUUCUCUCCGAGGUUUUGAGCCUGUCGACGACGACCUCCGUCUCUGACGCGGCAGCCGUUCCGGAUACCCUAAGUGCGCAGGGAAUCGGACCCUCUGUGCAAUACUCCGCGAGUGCGAACGCCAGUCUGAUCACGUACCGACGCACCAUAGGCUCUGGGUAUCUGUACUGGGUCUAUAACAACGGCGAUGACGUAUUUGAUGGAAGCUUUGAGCUUGAGGGUGAGGGCUAUCCAUUAGCGGUCGACCUGUGGGUUGGGUCUGUGAGCCCCCUGGAAAUGUUCUCCUCUUCGGAUGGCUACAUCUCGUUAAACUCGACUUUGCGGUCCACCUCUUCGGCUGUAUUCUACUUGGGACCCGACAACGACUUCGGCGCCUCCCUUCCCACCAAUCACCUCGUGGCCACGACCUGCGACAGCUACCUCCGAGACAGUACUGUCUACAUUUCAUCCAGACCUAUCUGCAGCGCCACCGCAUCCAACGGCACAACCGUGUCCCUAUGUCCUUCCUCCUUGCCUUCCUCAAUCUCUCCCUCGAAUUGGACCCUCAGCGUCCAAGACUGGCAUCCUGCUCAGGUCAGCGAGACGGGGCUAGACUCGCCCAACACGGCGAAGGAGGACCUGGACCCCAUCCACUUAACUGACCUCGUCGCUUGGCCCAACAUCACGGGCCUCGCCGCCGCCAGCGGCAUCGGCACAUACGAAACGACUGUUUCACUUACCAAGGGAAAUAGUUCGGCAAUCCGGGUUUUACUUGACGUGGGGGAGGUGGAGGGUACGUUGGGCGCGCGGCUCAACGGCCAGAUCCUCACCGCAGUGGACUGGUUUGGCAACAAGCCUACCGAUGUGACGCAUCUGGUCCGUGAUGGUGUGAAUUGCCUGGAGAUCACCGUUGCAACAACAAUGUGGAACAAAUUGAGGGCCGUAUGGCCUGAACUGUACGGAUCGCUGAAGGCAGAGCUCAUCGGGCUACUUGGGCCGGUGACCUUUUCACAUUCAUUGCAGAAGGCUUUGUGA